AUAUGCAAACACGUACGUUGUAGAAACCAUACAAAAAAGAAAAAAAAUGCAACGCCCAUUAUCAUUCUUGAUUCUCCUCUUUGCCUUUCUUUCGAUCUUUUCACCUUUGUUGAUCUCCUCUCAAUCUCCACCACCGCCAUAUUCACCUUCCAAUGCAUGCAAAUCCACCCUUUAUCCUAAGCUUUGUCGUUCAAUCUUGACAACCUUUCCUUCAUCUUCCAACCCUUACGAGUACAGCAAGUUUUCAGUCAAACAAUGCCUUAAACAAGCAAAAAGAUUGUCUAAAGUCAUCGACUAUCACUUAACACACGAAAAACAACUUUCAAAAAUGACCCAUGAAGAGUUUGGUGCAUUGCAGGAUUGCCAUGAGUUCAUGGAACUCAAUGUGGACUACUUUGAGACCAUAUCUAGCGAGCUGGUAGCAGCCGAGUCAAUGAGUGAUGUGUUGGUUGAGAGAGUCACGAGUCUGCUCAGUGGAGUAGUGACCAAUCAACAAACUUGCUAUGAUGGGCUGGUUCAGUCCAAGAGUAGCAUUGUCAGUGCUCUGUCCGUGCCUCUCUCCAAUGUUACUCAAUUGUACAGUGUGUCUCUAGCUCUGGUCACACAUUCGUUGGAGAAGAAUUUGAAGAAGAACAAGAGGAGAAAAGGGUCUCCUCAAGGAACCGUGACAAGGGGGGUUCGUGAACCUCUUGAGACUCUUAUCAAGGCUUUAAGGAAAACAUCGUCCUGCCAUGAAACUCGCAAUUGCCACAGGGGAGAACGCAUCCUUUCUGAUGAUGCGGGGGACGAUGGGAUUCUUGUAAAUGAUACGGUGAUUGUUGGCCCUUAUGGUACUGACAACUUCACAACCAUUGGAGAUGCCAUUGCCUUUGCUCCAAAUAACUCAAAACCUGAAGAUGGCUACUUCGUAAUAUUUGUUAGAGAAGGGAUUUAUGAGGAGUAUGUUGUUGUUCCUAAAAAUAAGAAGAAUAUAGUGCUGAUUGGAGAAGGAAUUAAUCAGACCGUCAUAACGGGAAACCAUAGUGUCAUUGAUGGCUGGACAACCUUUAAUUCUUCGACUUUCGCUGUUUCUGGGGAGCGAUUUGUUGGAAUAGACAUGACGUUCAGGAACACGGCAGGUCCUGAGAAGCACCAAGCAGUAGCUCUGAGGAACAAUGCUGACCUCUCCACAUUUUAUCGGUGCAGCUUUGAAGCCUAUCAGGAUACUCUUUACGUGCAUUCCUUGAGGCAAUUCUACAGGGAAUGUGAUGUAUACGGAACUGUAGAUUUCAUUUUCGGAAAUGCUGCCGCUGUUUUUCAGAACUGCAAUUUAUAUGCUCGCAAGCCAAUGCUUAACCAGAAGAAUGCCUUCACUGCGCAAGGUCGUACUGAUCCAAACCAAAAUACUGGCAUCUCCAUUCACAAUUGCACGAUUGAAGCUGCACCUGAUUUGGCUAUGGACAGGAACUCGACGGACAGUAACUUGACUUUGAACUUUUUGGGGCGACCUUGGAAGGAGUACUCUAGAACUGUAAUCAUGCAAUCGUACAUCGGAGAACUGAUUCAGCCGGUUGGAUGGCUAGAAUGGAACGGAACUGUUGGAUUAGACACCAUUUACUAUGGUGAGUUUCAGAAUUAUGGGCCUGGUGCAAACACUAGCAGGAGAGUGCAAUGGCCUGGUUUUAAUCUGAUGAAUGCUACACAAGCUGUGAAUUUUACCGUCUACAAUUUCACAAUGGGGGAUACUUGGUUGCCUUACACUGACGUACCCUUCUCUGGAGGACUAGUUUGAUUAUAAAUAGGGGCCUUAUUGCUUCACAAUUUUAUUCAUUCUUAGUUGACACCUCCUGGAUUUCUUGUAAUUCAGCGAUAAGACAGAUUGUGAGGAUUUUAUGAUCAAAUUAAUAAAAUAAAAUGUAUUUAGCAGCAA